UGGAUUUGUUGAAGCGAGAGACAAUGGGAAAGCAGUGGUGCUCAGCACUUGGGGAACGAUGCCUCACUCGGCUUGGAUUAUCGACUACGUCGAGCGAGAAGGGAAGCCACUGAUGCUUCUCCAAAGCUCGGCUUAUGGCCGCUACCUCGCCCACAGUGGAGUACUCGACAGCAAGACAGUCUCGGAGACAGCUAUGAUUGUUGAUUACUUUGAUCCGGAGCAGCAGGACGAACUGCUUUGGCAAGUCGAGAAGGAAAAAGGUAUGAAAGAUGGGGUCCGUCUCCUCAACGCGAGGUAUGGACCGUGGAACAUUCCCACGGAGGCAGAGACCGUCUGGAGACUGGAGACCAUCUUGGCUACACCUAGACCGCCACGUCCUCAGAGUUUGCUUGUCACGCCUCAGGAAUACCACGGGCUGCGCCACAUCUUGCACUUUCAGGCAAACGACGCAGGGGAGUUCGACUGGGGCGACAUGUUCUCAUUUUAUGGUAGUUCUCUGCUGAAGCUAAGGAGUGAGGUGGAGCAACAGCAGCAACUUCUGGCGGGGCUCCCUGGGCACCAUCAGCCUCAAGGCCCUAAGAACAACCCACUGUGUGUGCGGGCCGGAUCGUAUGGGCGGCUGACUCCUCUAGUCACCGACCUGCCUCACAGCGCUGAGCGUAUGGACAUCGUCGUCCUCACCAAUGGUUCACCAGCCGCUGACGCAUUGCGGUACUCAAAUCUGAAUGAAGAGUAGAGGUAUAGUAUAGGAGUGUCAAGGCACACCUUGCAAAAUGUUGAGUGAUUUUCUGUAUUUGGAUGAUCAUAUGUCGUUUACUUUUUACUAUGGAGUAUAUCUGUGAUAGAUCACAAAUAAUAUGAUAAUAAUAGUCAAUGUUGCUCUGUGAAUUGGAAUGCGUAGAAUAAUCUGACAGAAUAGCA